AACACUCAGUAGCUGAGACCACCCAGACUGGGCCAGCAGAGAUGGGAUCCAAUCACCUCAUCCUAGUGUUCUUGAUCUGGGCAUCCAUCUCCUGCCUAUCUUCGACUUUGGAUCUCCCUGGCGAGUACUCGAUCGUCGGGGAGAACCCGGAAAAGAGCCUGCUACUCCCGGAGGAGGGCCGGGUGCUCGAGCUGUUCCGGCGAUGGCAGGAGAAGCACAACAAGGUGUACAAGCAUGCGGCCGAGGCCGAGAAGAGGCUGGAGAACUUCAGGAGGAAUCUGAGGCACGUGAUCGAGAGGAGCUCGAGGCAAAAGUCCCCGACGGCCUCCCGGGUCGGGCUGAACAAGUUCGCGGACCUGAGCAACGAGGAGUUUCGGGAGGUUUAUCUGUCCAAGGUGAAGAAGCCGGCGAGCAAGAAGUGGAACCACAAGAAGAUGAGCUUGAAGGGGAAAAUGAAGACUUGUGACGCUCCUUCUUCGCUGGAUUGGAGGAAUUAUGGGAUCGUCACUGGUGUCAAGGAUCAAGGAGAGUGCGGAAGUUGCUGGGCAUUCUCUUCCACGGGAGCCAUGGAAGGAAUCAACGCCCUGGUGACCGGAGACCUCGUGAGCCUCUCGGAGCAAGAGCUCGUCUCCUGCGACACCACCAACGACGGGUGCGACGGUGGCUACAUGGACUAUGCGUUCGAGUGGGUCAUCAACAACGGCGGCAUCGACUCCGAGGCCGACUACCCUUACACUAGCAUCGACGGCGAGACCGGCACUUGCACUACCUCGAAGGAGGAGAACAAAGUGGUGAGCAUCGAUGGUUAUGAAGAUGUGGCCGAAUCCGACAGCGCUCUUCUCUGUGCAGUUGUUCAACAGCCAAUAAGCGUGGGAAUGGAUGGAUCAGCAAUAGAUUUCCAGCUGUACACAGGAGGGAUCUAUGAUGGUAGCUGCUCAGAUGAUCCUAACGACAUUGAUCAUGCAGUUUUGAUAGUCGGGUAUGGCUCCGAAAGCGGCGAGGACUAUUGGAUAGUGAAGAACUCGUGGGGCACCGAUUGGGGGAUCGACGGGUACUUCUAUAUCCUGAGGAACACCGACAUAGAAUACGGCGUCUGUGCGAUAAAUGCGAUGGCCUCUUAUCCCACCAAGGAGUCUUCUCCUUCGCCGUCUCCAACCAGCCCGCCGCCCCCACCUUCCCCAGCAACGCCGCCUCCCCCGCCCCCGCCCGUGACGCCUCCGCCGCCUCCACCUCCACCUCCCUCGCCCUCACCGAGCGAAUGUGGAGACUUCUCUUAUUGCCCCACCGACGAGACAUGCUGCUGCAUUUUCGAGUUCUUCGAUUAUUGCUUGAUCUACGGUUGCUGUGAGUAUGAGGAUGCAGUUUGCUGCACCGGGACCGAAUACUGUUGUCCGAGUGAUUAUCCCAUCUGCGAUGUCGAUGAAGGACUCUGUCUCCAGAACUCGGGAGAUUACUUGGGAGUAGCAGCAAAGAGGAGAAAGAUGGCGAAGCACAAGUUCCCCUGGACCAAGAUAGAAGAGACCCAGAAGUCGUACCAUCCUCUACAGUGGAAGCGGAACCGAUUUGCCGCCGCGAUGCGCUGAAAGCCCGUGAAUCGAAGCCGGGCUGUGUUUCCUAGAGCUUGAAGGUUGUUCUCACUGUUGGUUGCUGUUUCAUUUUUCUCACCAGGCGGGCAUUCUUUUGUUCCUGUCUUGGACGCACAUUCUCAUAGGUUCCACGUUUGUACCGAGGCAGACUAUCGGAACAAAGAAAGCAAAACACAUGGAAAAGAUCGUUUUUUUCCUCUCUCUGAACGAUGUAUCUGAAACAAAUUGUUGUCUGAUAAUAGAUCAUGCUUGAUUGGUGGCGUCUUCACGAAUAAUGACCCGAGUUUCCGGUUGUACGAUGUUCCGAAGGCUCUGCUGAUGCAAUUCUUAUACUGUACCUGUGAUAAGGAAAGUUUCGUACUUCUGGGCACC